AUGUCGGAGCGCAAGGCGGUCAUCAAGAACGCCGACAUGUCGGAGGAUAUGCAGGUUGAGGCUGUUGACUGCGCAACUCAGGCCAUUGAAAAAUACAAUAUAGAGAAGGACAUCGCGGCAUUCAUCAAGAAGGAAUUCGACAAGAAGUUCAACCCCACGUGGCAUUGCGUGGUGGGAAGGAACUUCGGUGAGUGGCGAGGAAAUGGGUGUGGCUUCCCGGAUCCAACAAACACACACCAGUUAUAG